AUGCCGACCGACAACCACGGAAAGGAGUACACUUUCAAGAGCUCCGGCACCAACAGCGAGGGUAACCACUAUUGCGCUCGUGAUUUCGGUCGCGAUGCUCCCAACCAGAACACAUACCACUACUCUAACCAGGACGGCUCGUACUUCUACUCCAACUCGGACGGCAGCAAGUACUACAACAACGGCCAGGGCGACUCCUGGUACACCCCUCCCGACGUCGAGUCGUCGAGCUCGUCUGGCCCACCCGCAUCGUCUGACCAAUCUGCCUCAUCGGUGCAGCCUGGGUCGUCUGCCAACUCGUCAAGCUCGGUGGGAUCGGAUGACUCGUCAGCUUCAUUUCAAACCUAUGAAUCCGACGAAUCGAUAGGAUUCGAUGACACCGCAAAAUCCGAUGAAUCGAUGGGAUUCCAGGACCAGGCGGGUUCUGGUGAAUUCGACGGCUAUGAUGACGGCGGUUAUGGUUACGAUGAUGAGGAUUGA